CGGCUGAAAUGCUACGAGCAGGAGCUGGAGCGCACCAACAAGUUCAUCAAGGACGUGAUCAAGGACGGCAACGCGCUGAUCGCCGCCAUCCGCAGUUACUCCUCGGCAGUACAGAAGUUCUCCCAGACUCUGCAGUCCUUUCAGUUUGAUUUUAUUGGUGACACCCUAACAGAUGACGAGAUUAAUAUUGCUGAGUCCUUCAAGGAGUUUGCAGAGCUUCUCCAGGAGGUAGAGCUCGAGAGAUCAAUGAUGGUACAGAAUGCUAGUGAUUUGCUGAUCAAACCUUUGGAAAAUUUUCGGAAGGAGCAAAUAGGGUUCACCAAGGAAAGAAAGAAGAAGUUUGAGAAGGAUGGUGAGAAGUUUUAUUCCAUGCUGGAUCGCCAUUUGCACCUCUCCUCUAAAAAGAAGGAGUCUCAGUUACAGGAGGCUGACCUUCAGGUUGACAAAGAGAGGCACAAUUUCUUUGAGUCCUCCCUUGAGUAUGUGUACCAGAUCCAGGAAGUACAAGAGAGCAAGAAAUUCAGUAUUGUUGAACCGGUGCUGGCUUUUCUCCACAGCCUCUUUACAUACAACAACCUGACGGUUGAGCUCACGCAGGAUUUCCUCCCUUACAAGCAGCAGCUCCAGCUCAGCCUGCAGAAUACAAGGAACCACUUUUCCAGCACGCGGGAGGAGCUGGAAGACCUGAAGAAAAGGAUGAAGGAAGCCCCCCUGACGUGCAAGCUCCCUGGGCAGCCAACCAUCGAGGGCUAUCUGUACACUCAGGAGAAAUGGGCACUGGGCAUCUCCUGGGUGAAGUAUUAUUGCCAGUACGAAAAAGAGGCGAAAACCUUAAGAAUGACCCCCAUGGACCAGAAGCCUGGUGCUAAGCAGGGUACCUUGGACCUGACACUGAAAUCCUGUGUAAGGAGAAAGACUGACUCAAUAGACAAAAGGUUUUGUUUUGACAUUGAAACUAAUGAAAGGUCUGGGACCAUCACUCUGCAGGCACUCUCUGAAGCUAACCGAAGGCUGUGGAUGGAAGCCAUGGAUGGAAAGGAGCCGAUCUAUCACAGUCCCAUCACGAAGCAGGAAGAGAUGGAGCUGAAUGAGGUUGGCUUCAAGUUUGUGCGGAAGUGCAUCAAUGCUGUGGAGACAAAAGGAAUUUCUACAGAGGGCGUCUACCGAACUGUUGGCAGCAAUAUUCAGGUGCAGAAAUUGCUGAAUGCCUUUUUUGAUCCAAAAUGCCCAGGGGAUGUGGACCUCCAAAGCAGUGACUGGGACAUUAAGACCAUUACCAGCUCACUAAAGUUUUACCUCAGGAACCUGUCGGAGCCCGUCAUGACGUACAAGCUGCACAAGGAGUUGGUUCUGGCUGCUAAAUCUGAGAACCUGGACUACAGGCUGGGAGCCAUUCAUGCCCUGGUCUAUAAACUACCUGACAAGAACAGAGAGAUGUUAGAGCUCCUCAUACGACACCUAGUCAACGUGUGUGAGCACAGCCGAGAGAACCUGAUGUCACCAUCCAACAUGGGGGUGAUAUUCGGACCGACCCUCAUGCGGGCACAGGAGGACACCGUGGCAGCAAUGAUGAACAUCAAAUUCCAGAACAUUGUGGUUGAGAUUCUCAUCGAGCACUUUGGGAAGAUCUACUCGGGCCCCCCAGAAGACAGCGCUGCCCCCCCAGUGCCUCCCCCCAGGGUGGCUGCCCGGAGGCACAAACCCAUCACCAUUUCCAAACGCCCUCUGCGGGAACGACCUGUCUUCUUUGGGGCUUCUGUGGAAGGAAGUGGAGCAGACCAGCUCAGCCAGACCCCCAACGGCAGCAUCACCACGGAGGCCCCCAGACCCCUGCUGCGCAGCCGCAUGCCCGCACCCCGGCCUGGGGGGGAGGAACCGGGACGGCCGCCUGCCGAGCUGGAGGUGGGCAAGCUGGUGGCCAGGCUGCAGGACGGGGGUGCGAAGCUGCCUGGCAAGGCUGCCAAUGGUGUGGUGAGCAGCCCUGCCCUGCGGACCUCCACGCUCCACGCCAGGAGGCCUGCGCCCCGGCCGGGCGGCUGCGGCAGAGAUGGAGAGUACGAUGGUGUCCCCAAGCCACGGCCCCAUGGCGAUAAGCCCGUGAUAACACGUCCUCCUGUGAGACCUCCAGACCCACCGAGCAGGGCUCCCAUCCCACAGAAGCUGGAGCAGAGGCCGGAUCUGAUAGCAGGGACAGCAGAGGAAAUGCCUUCUUCAGUAGUGGCCUCCAGGACCAAGUUCUUUGAGACGGCAUCACGAAGAACCGGCAGUUCUUCAUCACCACAAGGCAGGAUCCCAGGUGAUGAAAGCUGAGACAAAAGACAGUGCAACCAUCUCAGCCCAGCUAGACCAAGGAGAUGUUCUGUGCUUGUGAAAUAGAUGUGUCACAGCUAAGACUUUUCCAGUUCAAAUGACCUGGAGAGCAGCUAUCAUACUGGACGAUAAUUUUGUGCUGUCAGAAGUGGCUCAAGGAAUUAGAAGGAGAUAAAAAUGGCAAGAAGGCCGUUACUACGUUUGUCUUGAACUGUUCCCAGUCCUUUCGCCAUCGCUUUCUGCCCAAGUGAGAAAUGCUCGCCAGGCGCCUCUGCAGGUGGCAGCAGUGCUGGGUGAGCACCAACAGCAGCACAGCCAGGCUGUGAAAAGGACAGCAGAGCAGAGAGCUCUGUGCACCUCCACGCGUUUUGGGACUUAACCUCAGUGAAGGGUGACCUUGGACAGAUGUCGCAAAGUUCAAUAUGGUGAUUACCAGUGCUUGGGUGCUGGGGAAGAAUGACUGGAAGCUGCGUCCUUGCCACGAGAGACUCGUCCCAUACUCUGCGUUCUCCUCACUUACGAAGCACUGGUGUGCUUUUCCAUGUGCAUUGCUGGUGGCACUGCUUGCACUGGGGCUGGCAGGGCAGCAGCAAACUGGAGGGGAGCGGGGGGACGCAGCCCUGCUCCUCCUGCUCCCAUCUGCAAAUCUGCAACUGCUCCCCACAGACCCAGCAGAAGUCUCAGUGCCCGUGGUUAUUCUGCUGGGCCAGCACAGGUGGGGAGAACUGAAACUCCAGAAAUAUGGGUCAAUGCCUGAAGUUUUUCUAAGAGGAA